GUUAGACGAAGUGGAUCAGAGGCAAAACAUUUAUGUGAAACACUCACAGGUUUGGACACCGUUUCAGUUUGUUUAUAGUGAAAGUCGUGUGAUAAAGUCCCUCAAUCUCAUACAUGCAUACUUUAGACCUGCCUCUCUCAAAGAUGACCAGAGGCUUGAAACCGGGUCAAUUAAAAGAAAAGUUAAGUUAAGUUUUACUAGUACUGUAGUCACCACGACUGAGACUUGUGGUGCGUUUGAUGACACCUGGCCAGUGUUCAUAUAUGUGUGAUAAUUUGGUGCUACAUAAACACUUGUUGGUGUUAUUGAUAACUAGAAACCGCAGUGGGAUUUGCUGCUCCUGCACAAACCGAAGCUGAACUGCGUUGCUGCCUUGAGUUAGUAUGAAGACAAAGUCGAAGUAUGAAGAGAUGGAAGAAAAGAAGAAUGCAAACUGCAAGACUUCCAACUCUGUAAAUCCCAAUUUGCUCAAUCAACUUAAAAGUUUACAGGAAACGGCCUGGGAAGACGAUCUAGGAGCUAUCAGAACCCCAGCAACAGCGAGCUGACAACGUGCCGACAAGUGUCCAGGAACACAAAAAACCCGCAGGAAGCACUUAAAGCUUGUGGAGACCCUGACUGGACCGUUGUGAAAACAACCACGAGAUCCAUGAAGAACAUCGACACUGCGGGUGGUCGCUCAUCGGCCAACACCGUCAUUCCAUAUGUGUCUGGAGGAGCGGUGUUACCGUAACCGUGAGGACACUCAUGACGUUUUUUUUGGAGUAGAAAUGAACAUAUUUGUAAAGAGACGUUUAGCCAAUUCUAUUAUUUCAUUCAGAGAGGGUUGAAAUGGGCACUCAGUGUGAUUCUGGUGAGAAUUGAUCCCAAAGAAUGAAAAGAUCGUAAAUUGUUUUAUCCUUGGGAAUCAUGCAGACGUAGAGUCAUGGAUCAUAACCAUAAUACAAUAUAAUCACAGCUCAUAAAACUACUCUACUUAUACUUCUGUAUCUCUCCACCAGCUUUCUCGUGAUUGUUUCCCGAACUGUUUACAGCCAGUUAUUGGGUUAAAACCCAGUCACUGACAGAAUUAAGGUUUAUUGACGUACAGUACAUUAGCCCCUAACUCGGUGAACCCAGUACACCGUCACAAAUGUAACAGUAGCGAGGGAGGACGGAGAGGAAAGAAGUAAGAAAGUAUAAAUAGGAGGCUACAUGCAGGGCUCUGGCCCAGAUAAGUGGCGAGGUCAGUGGCAGCUCUCUGACUGGUUAAUGACACUUUGUAGUCGGAGACGCCAGGCUGAUGUCUGUGGUUGGGAGCUGCGGCUUCUAUUUCUCUUUUUUAAAAACAUUUUUUUUUUUCUUUUUCUCUCACUCACACUGUCUUUCUCCCUCACUCCCUCUUUUCUUUUGGACCUAUUAUCACCCUAUGGCUGACAGUGCAACUUUAAGUCUGCAGACUGAGCUCCUCCAAUUGUUCCCAAGUCUAGACUGCAAACCAGAGGCCAGAGGGUGGGAGAGCCAGCUGCUGGAGACGGGCUUCCUGGCCAUUUUCUUGUGUCCAGUUUGGACUCUGUCCCAGGUCCCCCGCCGCUGCCCCCCCUCACUCAUUUGCAUCUGGACCUUCAGGUGGCUCAUUGUCCGCAUCAUGCUGGGAGCUGGUCUCAUUAAAAUCAGAGGGGACAAAUGCUGGAGAGACCUCACCUGCAUGGACUACCACUACGAGACCCAGCCAGUUCCUAACCCCAUGUCCUACUACAUGCACCGGUCCCCAUGGUGGUUCCAUCGCUUCGAGACAUUGUCCAACCACUUCAUUGAACUCAUCGUCCCGCUCUUCACCUUCCUGGGCAGGCGGAUGUGCAUGGUCAACGGAGCACUCCAGAUCCUGUUCCAGAUGGUUCUGAUAGUGAGUGGGAACCUCAGUUUCCUCAACUGGCUGACCAUUGUUCCCAGCCUUGCGUGUUUUGACGACGCAUCCCUCGGCUUCUUGUUUCGCUCUGGAGGGGGAGCCAAGAAGGCAGCGCUGGAGAUACAGAAUGAGGAUGCAGCUGGACACACCCAAAGCCCCACCAAAGGUGUAUUGAUACGUCGGGUGGUGAACAUUUCUCUGGGCGUUCUGAUUGGCUAUCUGAGCAUUCCUGUGGUGAUGAACUUGUUCAGCCCCAGGCAGGUGAUGAACACCUCCUUUGACCCACUGCGCAUCGUCAACACCUACGGGGCCUUUGGCAGCAUCACCAAGGAGCGUACCGAGGUGAUUUUCCAGGGCACUCUGAGUCCUGACCCCAAGGACCCUCAGGCGGUUUGGGAGGAGUACCAGUUCCUGUGUAAGCCAGGGGAUGUUUACCGGAGACCGUGCCUCAUAUCACCGUACCAUUACCGGCUGGACUGGCUCAUGUGGUUUGCCGCCUUCCAGACCUACGAGCAGAGUGAGUGGGUGAUCCACAUAGCAGGACGUCUGCUCUCCAACGACAGCACAGUCCUCUCCCUGCUCGACCACAACCCUUUCCAAGGCAGAGACCCCCCCAGGUGGGUGCGAGGAGAACAUUUCAAGUACAGAUUCAGCCAGCCCGGCAGUGCAAGUGCAGCGCAGGGGAAGUGGUGGCUGAGAAAACGCAUCGGAGCCUACUUCCCUCCAGUGGACCUGGAAGGACUCAGGGGCUACUUCCAGUCCAGGAACUGGCCCCACCCACAUAUACCACCAAACACGAACUAAAGGCACAACCUCAGGCAACAGCACCCAAAGGAAAUCAGGGAACUACAGGAGCUGACAUUUGACAGAGGUCAGGUUCAGCGUGACACUGCUGGUGUUGAACAAGUGUUACAAGGAGGAAAGAUGCAAUCAGGUUUUCCAGAUAUAAAGGUUUCAUGAAGAACUGCUUAAUAAAGCCUUUCCUGAAAUCAAACAUCCUGACAUUUAUUCCCAAACAUUGU